AUGAAAACACCUUUGAAAAGAGAAAUUAGCACUAAAGGUAUUACAAAUGAAACAAAUCAUAUAAAUUAUUGGUUGCUGUCAGGAGAAAUUAAUAAACUUGAAAAUAUAGUAUUACGUGGUGAGGCACAUUUACUUGAUGGUAAAGAAUCAUCUAAUAUUAGAUCAAGAGAAUUUUUAAGAACAUUACCAGAAUAUAAAAGAAAAAUAUCAAAAUUAUUAGAAGCAAUUUGUAUAGGUGAUAUUGAAGGUGUUCAAGAACAUAUUGGAUACAAAAAAUGUGUUCAAGCAAGGCAUCCAUUUACUAUGUGUAGUACAUUAACAUUAGCUGUUAUACAUAAUCAUCCAAAAAUUGUUUUAUUAUUAUUAACUCAUCCAUUAGUUGCAAUAAAUGCAAAAGAUGUUGAAUCAAGAGUACCAUUACAUUAUGCAGCAGCAAUAUGUGGAAUGGAAAAUGAUUCAACAAUUUAUGAUAUGCUUAUUGAUCAUAUGGCUAAUGAAUCUAUUUUAGAUGCUGAAGGUUAUGCACCAGAAAAUUAUAAAAAAGUUCCAGAUUUAUUAGAUAUGAAACAAAUACGAGGUUUAAAUAGAUAUCCAAUAACUAAUGGAGAUGAAAUAGAUCGUUUAAUAACAGACCGGAAUGCACCUCAAUUAGAAGAGAUGGUUUUAAAUGGAGAAUGGCAUAAAAUUGAAAAUCGUAUAUUUCCGCCAGGAAGUAGAGAUCUUGUAAGAAUGUUAAAAGAACUUUUUAUGCGUGGUGAAGCAAUCCACCAAUCUAUUAUUGAUAAUGAUAUACAAACAUUUAAACAAUUAGUUGAUUCAUAUCAAAUGGCUAUCUUUCAAAAUGUUGAAGGACAAACACCACUUCAUAUGGCUGUAAUUUUGAAUCGUGAAGAAUUUAUUCAAUAUCUUUUAAUGAUAUAUCCUAAAUGUAUAUCUGUUGAAAAUAAGGAUGGAAGAACAGCAAUGCAUUUUGUUCAUAUAUGUCAUGAAAAGCCGGAUAUUAUAGAGUCUCUUGAAUCUAUAUUACUUAGUAGUGGAGCUGAACCAAAAGAUACAGCUGAUAUUAGUCCUAAUAGUAUUAAAUUGGAACGAAAAAUGAUUUCACAACAAUUAGGAAGAAGAUCUAAUUCAUUAGGUGAAGAAAUAAUUGAAGAUGAUAAAGAAACAAUUAGUCCUGAAAUUGAACAGAGAAUAUUGUCAAUAAAUUUUAAUAAAAGACAAUACAGGGUUCUUGAAAAUAUUAAUUAUGAAGGUAAAAGUGAUCAAAUUUGGAAAAUUGUUAAAAAACAUAUAAAUAAUGAAAAUUUAAUAAAAUAUAUUCAUAAUUAUCGUCUUGUACAAAAUCGAUUAAAUAACGUCAUAAAAGCAAUUGAAGAUAAUGAUAUUCGUAAGAUAAGAAGUAUGGCAGAUGAAGAACUUGUACAAGCAAGAGAUAAUCGAGGAUUAACAUUACUUCAUCAUGCAGUAUUAAAUGAAAAACAUGAAAUUGUUGAAUUUAUUGCAAACAAUUUUUCUAAAUUUAUAAAUACGGUUGAUCAAGCUGGUAGAGCUGCUGUUCAUUAUGCAGCUAUUCAACAAAAUGCUAUAUUUGAUACUCUUGUUGAAAAAGGAGCAGCUAUUGAUGUUAGAGAUAAGGAUGGUUUUACAGCAAAUUAUUAUAGAGGAAAAGGAGAAAGGAUUAUCAAACCAGUUUCACCAAAAAAAUCAUCAACAUUACAUAGAAAAACUACAUUAGAUGAUGUUCAACAUAUUAUUGAUAACGAUGCACCAUCAUCAUUACAAAUAGAUGAUUGGUUAAAUAAAGGAAAUGUUGCAGCAUUAGAACAAGUUGUUUUAGAUGGUAGAGGUCAUUUACUUAUUGAAAAAAGUUCUAUAAAUACAUUAAGUCAAGAAUUUUUACAAGGUUUAUCUCCAUAUAUGGCUAAAAUUUCUACAAUACAUAAAGCAGUAGAAGAAGGUGAUAUAAGAAGAGUUAAAAGUUUAAUAGAUCGUCCACAAUUAGCUACAGCACGUGAUAGAUUUGGAAUGUCUGUACUUCAUAAAGCAUUAUUACAUGGACAAACAAAUACUGUAAGAUAUUUAUUAGCUAAAUAUCCACAAAUAGUUAAUUUAACAGAUUAUUGUGGAAGAACAUGUUUACAUUAUGCUGCUGCAGAUCCAAAUGGUGAUCAUAUGAUUAAAUUACUACAAAAAUUUGGUGGUGAUGCAUUUAUUGAAGAUAAAUUUGGUCAUACUCCAUUUUAUUACCGUACACAUGGUAAAAAAUUAAAUGUUCGUAGUCUUAAAGAUAAUGCUGUUAUAAAUCAAUUAAUAACAGGACAAUUAAAUAGACCAUUAUUACAAGAUUUAGAGGAAGAUAUUUCUGAUUGGAUUCAUACAGGAAAUGUUGGAAAAUUAGAAGAACUUGUAUUAAAUGGUUAUGCUGAAUUAUUAUUAGGGAGAACAUCACAAGUUAGUGAUACAGAUUCUAUAACAUUUUUAGAAGUUCUUCCACAAUAUCAAGCUAAAAUUAAUUCAAUUCAUAAAGCUAUAGAACAAGGUAAUCUUAGAGCUGUAAAAUUAUUAACUGAUCGAAAAAAACUUGCUUUAUGUCGUGAUAGUAAUGGAUUAACACCAUUACAUAAAGCAAUUGUUUUUAAUAGAAUUGAUAUAGCAAAAUAUUUAUUAAGAAAUUAUCCACAAACAGUAAAUGCUAUGGAUCAAAAUAAAAGAACACCAUUACAUUAUAGUGCUGCAAUGAGAGAUGGAGGAUAUAUUUAUAAAUUAAUGAGAAAAGUUGGAGCUGAUCCAAAUAUUUUUGAUUGUAAUGGAAGACCGGCAAAAUAUUAUUUACGAUAUCCUGGUGAAAUUGAUUUAGAUAGAAUGAGAAUGGAUACAAAAGAAGCACUUAAACAAGUUUUACAUAAUAGAGUUGCACCAAGUUAUUUAGAAUCAAAUAUUCAACAAUGGAUUAGAGAAUCAAAUAUACCAAAAUUAGAACAAUUAGUAUUGUCUGGUUGUGGUGAUUUACUUGUUAAUAAAACAUCAACUAAUCCAGAAACACAAUUAUUUUUAGAAGAAUUACCACAAGUUCUUGAUACAAUUGAAAAUAUUCAUAAAGCUAUUAAAGAAGGAGAUAUUGAUAAAGUUAAAACAAUAAUGACAACAAAAAAAUUAGCUUUAGCGAGAGAUAAAAAUGGAUGUACUUCAUUACAUACAUCUAUUAUUUAUGAAAAAACAGAUAUAAUUCGUUUUAUAGCAUCAACAUUUCCAUCUGUUCUUAAUGCUCCAGAUUAUAAUAAAAGAACACCAAUGCAUUAUGCUGCUGCAGCAAAAGAUGGUGGACAUUAUUUAAAAAUUCUUACAAAAGCUGGAGCUGAUCCAAUGGCUGUUGAUAAUGAAGGUAGAACACCUGAUUAUUAUAGAAGAAAUACUGUUUUUGAUUUAAAAAUGUUAAAAGAAAGAGAUCAUGAAAAUGAUAUUUUUGAUGAAGAAUUAAUAAUUGAUAAUAAUCCACAAAUUGAUGAAGCACCAAGUCCAGAAUAUUUUUCUGAAGGUAGUAGUCAACCAAUGUCUCCAAAAUUAGAUGAUGAUGAUGAGAUAGAUAGACAAAGAUAUGAAAAAUUUAUUCAUGAAAGAAUGGAAAUGCCUACAUCUGAUAAUGGUUUAUAUUUAGCUAGAACAGUAGCACCAAUAUUAACAAAAGCUUUAGCUGAAGUAUUACUUAAAAGACCAGCAGAUCCAAUAAGUUUUAUCUCAGAAUGGUUAAUAAAAUAUAAUGAUGAAGCAGAUGAAAUGACAAGUGGAAGUAUAUAA